AUGUCCGUUUCUCAGGCAGAGCUGGACGGGGUAAAGCUGAUUAUAGAAGACAGCACGACCAAUGGAUAUGCCCAGCUAUCCUCCUUGGCAAUCGUCUUAUUCGACUAUUUGUUGACAUUUGAUGAUGAAGUGGCCCUUGUCUGGAAACAGUCCUCUUGGGGAGUAGGCUCUAUUCUUUUCUUUGCUAAUCGUUACACUGGGCUAUUCUCUUUGGCUUUCAACUCAGCUAUUGUUUGUGGAUGUCGUGUUGCGAUCGUCAGCAAAGAAAUUGACCAUGAUCUUAACAGUUGCUUUCACUGGGUCCGCUAUCAAAUUGGAAGUAGUAUAAUGGCAUUCUGGCUGGUCGAUAUGAUCCUUGCACUACGAGUGUGGGCUUUGUGGGGACGUUCACAAUAUGUUACUAUAUUUAUCUGUUCCAUGUUCACAGUAUCAAUAGCUUUCGUUGCAAUUGUUGCAGGCUUGAUGUUCCAGCAUAUCACGGUUAUGCAUAGACCGGGAUCCUUUGCUUUUGGAUGCUAUCCCGUAGGUUUUCCAGUUUGGACAUUCCUCCUUGCCAUCCCAGAAGUCCUGAACAGUGGUGUCCUCCUCGGUAUGACACUCUAUCGUACGAUCCGUACAGUGCGUAUGGGGAGGAGGAAUGCGCCACUGUUUAUGCUUUUUAUCAAGGAUGGCGUAUUGUAUUACGUUUGUAUAUUGAUCAUUCUAUUAAUGAACGCAUUUGCUUUCUCAAGUUUCACAAUUACUGCCGCAGCCUCUGGACUUGCUAUAGCGAUACCAAACGUCUUCGGUUCCCGCAUUCUUCUCAACCUGAGACGCCAGCUUCUCAAACAAACGACAAACCCAAGCGUACCUUCAAUGCAGACAAUGCAAUUUGGUGUAGAUGGGGCUGCCGCUGAGAGGACAACACGCAGUGUCACCGUCACUGGACACACCUUCGAUAAUGGCGAGAUAGAAAUGCAAUUUACUUCCGUCGAUUCAUCGUAUGGAACACAGUCAACGCCGGUGUACGGCGAAACUGAUAAGACUGAGAGGUCGAAACCAGUAGAUCUAGUCGUUGAUAUUGAGGAAGGACGAUGA